UUCCAAACAUAAAUGUGAUGGAGGUGGCUGCAGACCAUUAUACCAUGAUCCGUGUCAUCUCUUGGUCUUUAUUUUUGUGCUUCAGUUUCAGUUGUGAAUGGCCCCAAACCCAAUUUUUUUUUUCCUUUUCAAUUUGACCUUCCAAUGGCAACGUUUUAGGAUCUGAUUUAGUGCCUUCUUUACUUUACCUUUUUCUGGUGAUUGUCGAAUCUUUUUUCCCAUAAUCAAAAGCCCAACCAAAAGGACUGAGAAUUUGAAGAAACAAGGUUGUUUGCAAGUUUUCUCUGUCCAAUUGGGUUGGUAAUCCGAAACAAACAAACAGGUUUGUAAUGGAGAAGUCUAUUCUGAAUAAAGAGCUUGUUUUCUUAAUUUUACAGUUUCUUGAUGAGGAGGGUCUCAAGGAAACUGCACACAAGCUUGAGCGUGAAAGUGGGAUAUACUUUGACAUGAAGUAUUUCGAGGACAUGCUACUUGCUGGGAAAUGGGAUGAUUCUGAGAGGUACCUUUCUGGAUUCACGAGGGUUGAUGACAACAGACACUCAACCAAAGUAUACUUUGAAAUCAGGAAACAGAAAUUCCUUGAAGCAUUGGAUAUGGACGAUCGAGCCAAGGCUUUGGAUAUCCUCAUCAAGGAUCUGAAAGUUUUUUCCUCAGGGCAUGAAGAACUGUUCAAUGAAAUGACCCAGCUUUUGAUAAUUAACAAUAUAAGGGAGCAUGCAUCACUUUCAACAUAUGGAGAUACAAAUUCUGUAAGGAAGAUUGUGGCGGAUGAUAUUAAGAAAGUCAUUGAGGCAAAUCCUGUGUUCCAUGGAAAAUUGAAAUGCCCUGUUUUUAAAAGUCAGAGGUUACGUUAUCUUCUGAACCAAAGUUUGAAUUGGCAGCAUCUACUUUGUAAAGAUCCACUUCCAGUUCCUGGUGUAAAAACCCUCUUGGAGGACCAUGUUUGCAAACCAAGUUUGAACCUUUCAUCUCUGCAAUCAGAAGAAAGUGAUUCAAUUGAAAACUCUGAUUCUGAUCAACAUUUGUCAAACCAUAAUUCUGGUCCAUCUACUAUAACUGAUUCUGUACCCUUUCCUGCCACACUAACAAAUCCAGAAACUACAAUGGAGGAUCCUAGUGUAAUAUCACUCAAAGGAAGGCAAUGCCAGACUUCCAAUGAGGUGACGUCGGCCAUAGCAAAUGUUCUUCCUGAAAAUGUUGUUCAGAUGUUGAAAGAGGAUUCACUUCCUGUUACCAUGGACUUUCAUCCUAUCGGGCAUACACUUCUUCUAGUUGGAACAAAUAUUGGCAGUAUAGGACUUUGGGAUGUUAAUUCUGGGGAGAAAUUGUUCUCUGAAAACUACAGAAUAUGGGGUAUCGGAGCAAGCUCCAUCAAUUUCAAGGAAGCUCAGGAAAAGGACUUUCGUGUUUCAGUUAAGAAAAUCAAGUGGAGCCCUGACGGUUCACUGUUUGGGGUUGCAUUUUCCAAACAUUUUGUUCAAUUAUAUUCCUAUCAUCAUGGAAAUGACAUCAUUAGCCAACAUUUACAAAUUGAUGCUCAUGAUGGUAGUGUCAACGAUCUAGCAUUUUCUUCUCUUAAUAAGCAAUUGUUGGUCAUAACAUGUGGAGAUGACAAGAAAAUAAAGGUCUGGGAUGCUGUUAGCGGUGUCAGAUGUUAUACUUUUGAAGGUCACGAUGCUCCUGUUUGUUCUAUUUGUCCUCAUGUGAAGCAACAUGUUGAUUUUAUUUUUUCAACUUCAACCGACGGAAAGAUUAAGGCAUGGUUAUAUGAUUCUUUGGGAGCCAGAGUAGAUUUUGAUGCCCCUGGUUAUGGUUACACUACAUUGGCUUACAGUGCUGAUGAUAACAGGCUUUUUUCUUGUGGAACUGGGAAAGAUGGAGAGCCGUAUCUUGUGGAAUGGGAUGAAAGUGAAGGAUAUAUAAAAAGAACAUACAAGGGACUUAAGAAACCAUGCUUUUCUGCCAUCCAUUUUGAUUCAACUCAGAAAGGACUUUUGGCUGCUGGUGAUGGCCACAAGGUUAAAUUUUGGAAUAUGGACAGUGUUGAGCUCUGGACAAGCACUGAUGUUGAUGCUGAAUUACUGGAAAAUCCAUGCAUUCGCUUUAACAAGAAGGGAACAUUACUGGCUGUUGCUGCAAAAGGAAACAAAAUAAAAAUUUUAGCAAUUGAUGACAUUUUGCAGAAACAGAAUGAAACACAUUCAAUUCAUGUCCCCAAUAAUCAACAUGAAGCCUUAAAGUGUACACAAAGUCCAAUUUUGGUUGAUGCUGGUGCUGGAGUCGCAGGUGAAGGCAUUGUCAUGAAUGGGUACCAAAAAGGCUUGGAGGAUGGGAGGUAUAAUUCAAUUGAAGAGUCCCAUAACAACUCAAAGUUUUGGAAUGUCUCAGAAAUUUGUGAGCCAUCCCAGUGCCAGUUCUUGCAGCUUCCAGUUCAUCCCAAAAUAAACAAGAUAGUUAGACUGACUUACACCAAUGCGGGAAAUGGCAUUUUGGCAUUGACAUCAAAUGGUGAUCAUCUUCUUUGGAAAUGGCCUCGUGAUAACCUUAACUUGGAUGGCAAGGCGACUGCACAAGUUUCCCCUCACAUCUGGCAAUCAAGGAGUGGCUUGCAAUUGAUGAGCAAUAAACUAACAAGUUCUUACAGUGGAGUCCCAGUUUCCUGUUUUUCUUUAUCAAAGAAUGAUUCAUAUCUCAUGUCAACAUCUGGGGGGGCAAUCUCCUUGUUUAACAUGUUGACUUUUAAGACUGUGACGACUAUCAUGACUCCACCACCUAUGGCAACUUGUCUCACCUUCUACCCUCGUGAUAAUAAUAUACUUGCUGUUGGUAUGGAUAAUUACAGUAUAAUUAUAUACAAUGUCCGUACUAAUAAGAUUAUAAGCAAGCUUGAGGGCCACUCCAAAAGAGUUACUGCCCUUGCCUUCUCAAGUAGUUUUGAUCUUCUUGUUUCUGGUGAUAUAAAUGCUCAGAUUUUUGUAUGGAACACCAAUGAAUGGAAAAAACAGAAAGAUGGAAGUUUGCAAAUACAUGGACAGAAGGUGCCAGAAGUGCUAUCUGACACUCACAUUCAGUUUCACCUAUACCAGAGGCACUUCCUUGCUGUAAGAAGUAAUUAUCUUGCAAUGUAUGAAGCAAUAGAGCUAAAAUGCUGUAACCAGUGGGUUCCAGAAGUUUCAAUGGCUAUCUCCCAAGCAACUUUCUCAUUUGAUGGCCAGGCUGUGUAUGCCAGUUUUGUUGAUGGAGCUGUGGCAAUAUUUGAUACUUUGAAACUCCAAAUGCGUUGUAGGAUUAAUCCCUCAGCUUAUCUUUCUACAACUCCAAGUUCAAGCAUCUAUCCACUUGCCAUUGCUGCACAUCCACAGAAGCCAAGCCAGUUUGCUGUGGGGCUCACAGAUGGUAGGGUUAUUGUGUUUGAGCCUCAGAAGACAGGAGAAGACUGGAGCAAGUUUAGCCUUGAUGAUGAGGCAAUCAAACAGGGUUGUGGGAGUGAGUGAGCAGUGUCAGAGGUGAAAUGAGAUAAAAAAAAAAAGACUAGAAAAUAAAAUAAUAAUAAAAGUGGUUACUGUUGCUUUUCAUUAUCAAUUGUUAUAUAUUUAUCUUCUUAAAUUAUCCUUAAUUACAUGGUUUUGCUAUA